AUGGUGCCGAAGGAGAAGGGGGAAGCUCCUGCCCCUCCCAAAGCUGAAGCCAAAGUAAAAGCUGUGAAAGCCAAGAAAGCAGUGCUGAGAGGCAUCCACAGCCACAAAAAGAAGAUCUGCACUUCACCCACCUUCCACAGUCCCAAGACCGGGCGGCUCUGGUGGCCCAAAUACCCCCGGGAGAGCAGCCCCAGGAGAAACAAGCUUGACCACUGUGCCAUCAUCAAGUUCCCCCAACCAGAGUCAGCCGUGCAGAAGACAGAGGGCAACAACACACCCGUGUUCACUGUGGGCGGCGAGGCCAGCAGGCGCCAAAUCAAACGAGCUGUGAAGGAGCUCUGUGACGUUGCCAUGGCCAAGGUCAAUACCCCAGUCAGACCUGCUGCAGAAAAGAAGGUGUAUGUUUGACUGGCUCCUGGUAAUGAUGCUUUGGAUGUUGCCAACAAAAUUGGGAUCAUCU